AUGGAUGAGUCUAUCGGCGCUGUUAUGGAGGCCCUCCAUAGCAAGCAUAUGCUCGACAACAGUAUUGUUAUAUUCAUUAGCGAUAACGGCGGACAACCAUAUGAAGGUGUCGAUCCUGGUUCACCAUUACCCAUCCCAAAUGCUGGUUUAAACUUACCAUUAAGGGGCGGGAAAUCACUGUUAUAUGAAGGAGGCAUACGAGUGCCGGCACUUGUGUGGAGUCCUUUGCUUAACAAAAGCGGUUACGUAUCGGAGGCUUUGGUUCACGUCACAGACCUUUUGCCCACUGUUUUGGAUGGGAUCGAUGGCACAGGAAUUGUUGAUCAAGAUCAUAUUUAUGGUGUGUCGCAAUGGAGUACAAUAGCUAAUGAUAACCCACCUGUUCGGUGGGAAAUCCAACACAACGUGGACCCGGUGUCGAACUCAUCAGCCAUUCGGUGGUUUGAUUGGAAAUUAAUACAAACCCACAAACAAUUCGGUCCCUCAAAAGCCGACUACGGGUAUCAGUUCAUUGACAUCGACAACCCGGGCAUCCCUUUCCCAACUCAACAGUCAGCGCAUCGGCUAAAUAGCAAAAUGUAUGGCGUGUUGACACACAUGAAUCGCCGACCGGACUAUACAGUGUUGAGUACGUCAACAAUCGAGUGCCGACCGGUGCCCGACUCACACUUUCGGUCCGAAUGUAUGUCCGCUUACUGUCUGUUUAACGUAAGGCACGACCCGUGCGAACAGUACGACCUUAUCGGCCAAACGGACCGCCGAUUUGUGCAAUUCUUGCGCAACAAAAUAGUUAGAUUUAACGCCACUUCUGUUCCGCCGCUAAGUCUUGUACCCAAUGAUCCCAAAGCGGAUCCUAAACUAUAUAACUAUACGUAUGUUAAUUGGUUAGACUACUAUGAAAAUGAAAAUAGCCAGUUUGUGACUGAUUGA